UUGAUGGAAGAUGAUUUACACGGCAAUCGACACAUUUUACUUGACGGAAGAGCAGCUAACUAAUUCGCCUUCAAGGAAAGAUGCCAUUGAUGAGGAAACCGAAAACACUCUCCGGAUUUAUGGCUGUGAUUUGAUUCAAGAGAGCGGCAUCCUUCUUAGAUUACCUCAAGCCGUUAUGGCAACUGGCCAGGUUCUAUUCCAUCGAUUUUACUGCAAAAAGUCAUUUGCCCGAUUUAAUGUUAAGAGAGUAGCUGCCAGUUGUGUUUGGCUGGCAUCAAAACUUGAGGAGAGUCCAAGGAAAGCCAGACAAGUCCUCAUUGUCUUCCAUCGAAUGGAAUGUCGAAGGGAAAAUUUACCUGUCGAGCAUUUGGAUCUUUAUUCUAAAAAAUAUUCGGAGCUGAAGAUGGAUUUGAUAAGAACAGAAAGACACCUCCUAAAAGAAAUGGGUUUCAUUUGUCAUGUUGAGCACCCGCACAAAUUCAUAUCAAACUACCUAGCUGUCCUUGAACUUAAAGAACCUUCAGAGUUAAGGCAAGAUGCUUGAAAUCUAGCAAAU